AUGAAUGAUAUAUAUGGGUUUAGUUUAGAAUAAAAAGAAUUUUUCGGACUUUUAAAAAAAAUUGUAACCCUUUUAUAAUAGUUUAAGUUUAAAGAUUAACAAAAUGAUACUUAUGUGCUUUGGGAAUUGUUUGAAUAGCCAUAUACUUUGAAUGAUAUUGUAGAAUAAAAGCCAUUUUUUACUAGAAUCAAAAAAUUAUUUUAGAAAAAUAUUUUAGGAACAUUAAAUUAAUUAAGAGCAGAUAUUUUAAAUUAAUUUUAAACAAAAUAAUUCUAUUUACAAAGUUAUGAUGGUGUAAAGAUUGAUUGUGUGUAUAUUUAAUGCGAAAAAUAAUCUCCUUUGUAAUUUUCGCCUGAUUAAACCCUUGAUGGAAACGAAAAACCCUUAAUAUAGGAAACUUCAAGUAAAGAUAAAGUAAUAAUAUAUUGUAAUCCAAACGGAGGUUAUUACGAGAACUUAUUUUAUGAUAGCGAUUGGUUGGAGUUUUAUUUAAAAAAAGGAAUAAAUUUACUAGUAUGGAAUUAUAGAGGUUAUGGAAAUAGUUAAGGAAUUCCAACUACAUAUAAUAUAUUCAAAGACUGCGAAUAUAUAGUAGAUUAUUUAAGAAAGAAUUUUCAAAUAAAAAAUAUAGGAAUUCAUGGCUAAAGUUUAGGUGGUUUAGUAGCUACAUAUACAGCUGAUUAAAAAAAAUUAAAUUUUUUAUGCGCUGAUCGUACUUUUUCAAAAUUUUCAUAAGUAGCUUUACAUUCUUUUGGUCCAAAAGCUUCUAAAGCCUUUUAAUUAUUAACAGAUUGGGAUUUUGACUCUUCCUAUGCAUAUUUAAAGGCUAAUUGUUAUAAAAUAAUUACUGUAGACCCUAAAGAUGAGGUAUUGCCCUUCCUUUCGAGCCUUUUAAAUGGCGUAGUAUAUAACUUUGGACUAUUAAGUGCAAGAUUUAAUGAUUUUCCAAGAAUUAGAAUUUUAUGA